UUUUACCAUCGUGAAAUCGAAGCUGUCAAACUGUUAUAUUUACUAAUUCUCGUGAAAAUUUAAUGUUGUAAUCAUAUUUGCAAUGGUUUCUUGAUGUUUAUUCUGGCAGCCUUUUUGAUACAGCUUAUUCUGGUUAAUUUUGUUCUCAGCAUCAUCAUCGAAGUCCAAAACUUUUAAGCAAGUAAUUAAGUCAUCAUAGUAUCUUACCUGUCUGAAAAGACUGAAAUUAUUAUGUAUCACAAGGUAUUUUUCUCAUUUCAUGAAAGGGAAUAGUAUCUUGCAUAUUAUGCAUUGCUAAAAGAGCAGCUUGAUGCAGAAGUCUUCUGCUAAUACAGGGUUUGGGAAGGAUCAAUCUAUGAAUUAGAGUCUCUGUUUGCUAAAACAUAAAAACUGAUCGUUCAAUUGUUGCAUUGUUGCUUAUGGUGGCCUAGCUCCAAUACUAAAAAUCACACUAUCACUAGAAAACGUUUUGGAAUAUUGCGUCAUCACUGAAAAACAAGAUUUGGCACCGGUGUAUAUAUUUCAACAUUCAACUUUGGUAUAAAACAUGAGCAGUUUUUGGACCCUGCUAGAUGUUUGAGAUUUAUGUCAUGAUUAUGUAAGUAUGAAUAUAUGAUGCAAGCUUAUUUUAUUUUUGGCAUCAAAACUAUUUGGGAGUUGAAAUUGAUUGGAUAUGUAGCUCUUGGUGCAGUCAUGCAGCUGUAUCAUCAUCCUUAUUCAAUGGACAGCCAGAAAGUGCGCAUAGCACUGGAAGAGAAGGGGAUUGAUUACACAUCGUAUCAUGUUAAUCCUUUAACUGGGAAGAACAUGGAUGUUCCAUUCUUCCGCAUUAAUCCAUCUGCAAAGCUUCCAGUCUUCCAAAAUGGUUCUCAUAUCAUUUUCCAUGCCAUUGAUAUUAUCCAGUACAUAGAGAGGCUCUCAGUAUCUCUUAAUGGGGAGGAGAACCCCAUUAGUAGCAAAGUCAUGGAAUGGGUGGAGAGAAUCGAAAGUUGGAAUCCUAAAUUAUUCACUCUCACCCAUAUUCCAGACAAGUAUCGGCUGUUUGUUUCCAAAUUUAUCCGGCGUGUAGUGAUUAGUCGGAUGGUUGAAGCCCCAGAUUUAGCUUGUCUCUACCAUGUAAAGCUUCGAGAAGCCUAUGAAACAGAAGACAAUUUGAAGGGCCCAAUGAAUUUGCAGCGGAGUGAGGAAAAACUAUCUAGUCUUCUUGAUGAUGCAGAAAUACAACUGAGUGCGACAACAUAUUUGGUUGGUGAAGAUUUUACCACGGCAGAUUCCAUGUUUGUUCCAAUUCUGGCACGAAUAACUCUGCUAGAUCUAGAAGAGAAGUAUAUCAGUUGCAGGCCCAAAAUAACAGCUUAUUACGACCUGGUAAAGCGGAGGCCAAGCUACAAAAAAGUGAUUGGGAAGUAUUUCGCUGGAUGGAGAAAGUAUCGAACACUUCUUAAAACAAUGUGCUUUCUUUGCAUCAGAAGCAUGUUUGGGAAGUACUAGAAAAUUGAGGGUGUCCAAGGUAGUUUGAAGAUAUCAGUUUGUGCAGCAUACAAAUAAAACUGAUAUACUCGGGAUCUGCUUCAUCAUUGCCGGCAUAUUUCAUACAAAAUCUUCUGAAAAAUACAAGCAAAUAGUGAAGUUUUUUUUAUAAGGGUCAGUGAACACUUGGGUGAAGUUGCUAGCUCUUCUUCUUGUAGCUUUGGUAGCCUCUCUUCCUUUUACAUCUGCCAUUAGCAAAAGAUAUUCUUCUGUGAAAUAAUGUUUUUCUUUUCAUUUUUAUUAGCAUUUCCUUCAUUUCAAAAAGUGGAGGUGAAGUUGCAUGUAUUAUUCUCUGCCUUCUUGUAAUAUACCAAAAUUUCUCACACACAAAGUUGAAUUGAGAUUUUA